AUGCCAGAUUCUCCCGAUAAUGUCGACGCGCACGCGUCGCGACCCAAAUCAAAAUCGCCGCCUGCGUCACCAAACGGCUCUUCUGUCCACACCGCGGCCAAUGCUGGCACCAGUUUCCCACCAGAAGAAAAACAAGAAAAACAAGAAACUUCUCCACUACCACCACCACCACCACCACCACAACUACAACAACAACAACAAUCACAACCAAGUUCAUCUAUAAGCCCUUCUCAACAGUACAAGCCAGCAACAAACCAAUUGCCUAACAAGACACACACUGAAGAACUCCCAGAUGUUCCAAUGCCUGACAUAAGUCCUGUCUCUGCUCCUGCCGAAGGUUCUACUACGGCUUUUGAAAAGAAUGUGACCCCUGUGGCCCCUCCAGAACAAACUGCAACAACCUCAACCUCAACUUCAACAACAACUAAAACAGAAGACGCGUCUAAACUAGCAGAAUCUGAAAAGACUUCAGAAACCAAGUCUAAACUUGAUGAAGAUAAGACUUUUAUUGUUACUGAGUUUUCCCAGGACAAACCUGAAACAGAAAAGCAAAAUGACAACGCACAACUAGAUGCGCCAACUAAUACUUCGACAAAUAAUUCUGCAGACACUACUACAAAUAUCUUGGGUAGCGUGCAAUUGGAAACCAGUGCCUCAUCCAGUAAUCUGAAAACUUCACUUCCAGACACUUCAAAAACCUCUCAAAAAACAAAUUUAGAAAAACCGUUGGAGUCUGCGGUGGAGAUCCCGCAAACAACUGAAAAAAAUCAACCAACAGAUAAACCUUCACCAGACACUGAUCCCAAAGCAGCAGAUUCUUCGUUAUCUCAAAUUUCCCAAUCCACUGCAGAUACACCGAUUGUGACUGGUAUAUCCACUAUCAAAUCUGAAAAGGAAAAACAAUCAACUUCACAACCAGGGCAACAGCGACAACCAGAAGCUACUGUGCCCGGAACAACAGAACCAUUGACAACAUCAGAUGUCAAGAGAGAAAUUACAAUUAGCAAAACAGCUCCUGCUGUUGUAUCCACACGCUCAGUGUUGCUUUCUGAUAUUCCACCACUCAAGGAACAGGACCAUAGCGUCACCCUGGCUUCAACCUCUAUUUCUGGUGGUGCAGCUGAACCAGAAAAACGUUUAAUCCAAACUCAUGCAAUUGUUAUACCGUCCUAUGCUUCGUGGUUUGCACUUGAUCAUAUUCAUGAAGUAGAACGUCGUUCGCUGCCUGAGUUUUUCAACCGCCGCAAUCGUUCGAAAACCCCUGAAGUAUACCGCAAAUACCGCAACUUUAUGGUCAACACGUACCGUUUAUCUCCUGCUGAGUAUCUCACUGUGACUGCAUGCCGUCGCAACUUACUCGGUGAUGCUGCGACUAUCAUGCGUGUACAUUCAUUUCUUGACAAAUGGGGCAUUAUUAACUACCAAGUUGGAGUUGAGCAACGACCUCAAAACGUAUUCCCGCCUUUCACUGGCCACUGGCGCGUUUUACAAGAUACUCCACGCGGCUUAUUUCCGUUUAAAUUUUACGAAGGCAUUAAGGAUCCUCAGGCAGCAUUAUUACCUGGUGGAAAAACUAUGGCUGAUGUGGCUGCUAAAGCGACAACAUCAUCGACAACAUCAACAACAUCAACACCAGCAGAACCACCCGCUACUACAACAACGACGACGACGACGACAACAACUACCACUACUUCUUCAACAACGGCUACUACAAAAACUUUAUUAGAGAGCCCCAGUAAUGUUUCUUGGACAAAGAAAGAACUGCUAAAGCUUCUUACUGGUGUGGAGAAAUACUCAAACGAUUGGAUUAAAAUUGCCGAAACAGUAGGCACCAAAACAAAGGAAGAAUGCAUUCUCAAAUUUCUUUCGCUAUCAAUUGAAGAUCCAUAUCUCGAUUCUACACUUCCCAAACCCAAUGGCGCGUCGAAACAUAUUCCUAAUGGCUCCUCCAGCAGUAGCACUAACAGUAGCAGCAUAGCCAAUGGACAAGCCUUGAAGUCUGAAACUACAUCAACCGUUUCCGGUUCGUCUCGACCCGUAAAACGUCUGAAAACAGAAGAAUGUUCGUCAACCAAUCGUUCUUGGGCUGACCGACUUGGUCCCCUUAAGUACAGCAUGCAAAACGUGCCAUUUGCACAGGCAGAAAAUCCUGUUCUGAGUGUGGUAACGUUUUUAGCUGGCCUUGUUGACCCGCAGGUUGUUGCUGCGGCCACAGGUCGCAGUGUGAAGCAGAUUGCAGCGCAACUGCGAGCCGAGGCAGGCGAAGAAGAGGAAAAAGCAGAAGACAAGAUAGAAGAAAAGACAGAAAAUAAGAAGAAGGAUGAUAAUAAGGUGGAUGCAGAUGGUGAUGUUAUUCUUGACGAAGUCGCCAAAGAAGAUGAACCCACUGCUAAAAAGGAUCUGCUGGAUACCGCAAUAGGUGUUGCAUUUGGAUCUAUUUCUGCUCGUUCGGAGGUUUUACGAAGUCGUACUGAGCGGCAACUGUACACAGACCUCUACACUUUACUAUCACAGCAAGUUUAUAAGACUGAUCUAAAACUUGGAAAACUAACAGCUGUUGAGAAACAGGUUGAGCGAGAACGACAUGAGCUUGAUCGUGAGCGGUCACAAGUGUUUGUAGACCGACUUGCACUCAACCGCAAGGUGGCCAAAGUAGAUGAGAUUCUUACCCGUGCGACAGCUGCAGCCUCUUCUGGAGAUAGUGAAGGCCAACGCAAAGCCAUUGACGAGGCGUACCGAGCGAUCCAAACAGGGACUAAAUUGUCGCUGGUGGACCCACUGGCGGCGGGCCCGCUGGCUGGCAGCGUCGGAACUGGAACUGGAACCGGAGCUGGAGCUAAGGAUGAAGAAUCAUCGGCUGCAACAGGAAGUUCUGCGACGCCACAGGAUUUGCAGCCGAUCAGUGUGGAACUUCCACAGACGUUCCGUUACUGGAGUAUAUGA